AUGUUUAGCACAGCUCGGCGUCUGGUCAGUGCCGUGACACCAAAACUUGUCGUAGACACAGACGGCCAGCUUCUCAACGCACUUCGAGAAGGGUCCGAAACGUUGCAGAAUGUGACAGACCAAUUUGCGCCUUUGAUGAAAAGGUUUCGUAUAUACUUCUUCUGGGAACAAGAGAAGACCACGAUACUUCAUAGCAAAGCUUAUGAGAUUGUCGACGAGAGUUCCGCCGCGCCCAUUCUUGAGAACACGGAACGCUCUGGCAUAGCUGCCGAUCAUUCUCACAUGUGCAAGUUUGAGAACAGCGAUGCACCGGGAUCCCGUAUCGUCGUAGCGGCGUUGAUGAGGUAUGCGCGGGAGAGUCCGGCGCUUGUCGAAAGCCGGUGGUCUCAAGCAAAAGAAAUGCUGAGGACGCAGCGUUCUGCUGAGGCUACCGAAUUGACGGGUGUGGGGGUUCUAGCAGAAAGGGUGUACCCAACGGCCUUUUUUGCAACUAUUCAAAGGGUUGCGGUCCGUCAUAUAUAUGCCCUGGGUGGGAGAUGA